AUGAAUUUUAUCGAGGAAUCUGAUGAUGAAAGUUCCAAAUCUGAUGAUGAAAAAACUCAAGAUACACUCAAAGCCAUUUUAACUGAUAAUAUAGAUGACUGGAAAUGGCCGUGCUUUGAAGAAUAUUUUGAUCAACUUAAUUGCAGUAUGCAACGCAAAGUGAUGAUUGAAAGUAUUAACAUCUGUCCCUUUGUGGUCAUUUAUCCUCGCAAAGGAAAUUCUUAUGUUGAACUUAGCUCCCAACUAUUGAUAAACGUCUUGAGAAAAAUCCUUCCUAAAUUUAAUAAAAGUGUUGAGAAUAAUGAGUGUAUUAAACCCACUGUCGCCGCUCGAGAUUUAUUUCACGCGCUAGAAAAGCUAAAAGAUACUCUUGAAACCUUGACUGAUAUGGAUGGUAAUGUCUACCUAAAACGCUUGAUUCAAUUCGUUGAAAAAGAAUUUAAGCAAACUAUAACAAAUCGGAAAAAAAUGAUUACAAAUAAAAUGGUUUCAUAUAAAAUGUUAUGGGUAUUUUAUACUGAAAAUUUGGAAAUAUGGUAUCGUUGUGCGAUAUCUGGUCAGCAGAUUGGAGGUAUUAUUACUUCGACUAAACAAACAAAAUUUGGUUUUAGGAUAUAUAUUGAUGCUAUCAAUUAUGAUAGUGUUGGAUUUAAACAUUGUCAAUUAGAGCGUGAUAUUGAUAUGUUCGAAGGCGAAGUGAGCUUUUCAGAUUUACCUGUUGUCCCAAUUGAACUUUCAACUGCUCAAGACUUCCUCAAGGAAAGCAUAAUAGCAAACGGAAAACAAUUUUUUAAUUUAGCUUCAGGACACCACUUUAUGAGUUAUGAGGGCCCGCUAUUGCGCGAGCGAAAUAUGCGAAUAGAAAAGUUUAAAGCUGAUGGUCGUGUAAUGAUUGAUCUCCAAAGCUUUGCUACUAUGAAUCCUGGUUAUAAUAUGGGCUAUUCUCAACCACCAAAUAAAUGCGAUGUUAAGAUGCUAAAAGAAAAGAAUAUUUAUAUUAAAGCGAAUGAUAUUAAUAAGGAUUCUAAUUAUUUUCUUGCACCUGCUUUAGUAUAUGGCUUUAGUUUUACCGUGAAAGAAUGGGGCUUGUUCGAAGUUUCAAAAUUUUCCGAUAUU